GUAUGGGUUAGAGGACGAGUACACACCAUUCGAACGAAGGGUAAAACAUGCUUUUUGGUUCUUAGGCAACGUUUCUACACUGCCCAGGUGAUGCUUUUUGUGGGAGACAAGCUUAGUAAACAGAUGUUGAAAUUUGUUUCUAAUAUUCCGAAGGUGAGACUCUCUGUCAGUGGUCAGUAUGCGUUUUACACGAUAAAUGUUAAGGAAUCGAUCAUCGACGUACAAGGGCUAGUCCAAAAGGUUGAGGAACAGAUUGAAUCGUGCACCCAGAAAGAUGCUGAACUUCAUGCUAUACAAGUGUUCGUCGUGUCGUCGGCUGAACCACGUUUGCCUCUGCAAAUCGAAGAUGCUACCCGACGUACCGAUAGUGCAGAUGGAUUGGCUGCAGUUAACCUUGACACACGACUUGAUAAUCGGUAUGGUCCCUCUUUUUUUCUCUUUUAUGCGAAAUUUGGUGGAGGUUAUCGUUCUAGAGUUCUUGAUCUGCGGACAACAACGAAUCAAGCAAUCUUUGCCAUACAAGCUGGAGUUUGUAAACUCUUCCGUGACACUUUGAGAGAGCGUGGAUUCGUCGAAAUACAUACUCCAAAAAUCAUCUCCGCUGCUAGUGAAGGUGGCGCUAAUGUUUUCGAGGUAUCUUACUUCAAAGGCUCGGCUUACCUUGCACAAUCUCCUCAGCUUUACAAGCAAAUGGCGAUUGCUGGAGAUUUUGAGAAGGUUUUCACCAUUGGUGCAGUGUUCCGCGCGGAAGACUCUAAUACUCAUCGACAUAUGACCGAGUUUGUUGGCCUGGAUCUGGAAAUGGCGUUUAACUUCCAUUACCAUGAGGUGAUCGUCAUUACUGAUCUGUCACGUGAUUAUGCGGAUGCGAUAGCUGCAGUGGGACGACAAUAUCCGGCGGAGCCUUUCCAAUUCUGUGAACCAGCUCUUGUUCUCAAAUGGCCCGAGGCCUUGAAAAUGCUGAGGGAGGAUGGUGUUGAGAUUGGAGACGAAGAGGACAUGAGCACACCUGUGGAGAAACAACUAGGA